AGAUCCUCGUUGCUAGGAGACUAGACGCCUCUUUCCGCUGGAUCGCGCAGCCUCCCAGAUAGCCGGGCCGUCUCUUUCUUGUUCGAAGGCUGAAAUGUCUGGUCCCACAACCUCCCACAACCAGGGGCAGUUCUGGAAGGCCCCUUUCUAGGGACAUUUUUCUUCUACGCUCUGUAAGGCGGGCCGAGGCAGGCCGAGACUUCUUUCCCGGAUCCAGUCACCUGCCCCGCUAUGCUUAAGAAAGAAAAAAAGGCCAAGACGCCCCUGUCCGAUGAGGAGCAGCUGCUUCUGUUUCAGCAGAAGUUGCUGGCAGAGGAGGAGAUGGCCAAAAAGAAGGAGAGGCUCCUCAGCCAGUUCUUGAAGGACAAGCUGGCCAAGGAGGAACACAACAGUGCGCUGAACCUUAAUAAGAUUAACACACAGUGGAGAACCGUCCUUCGGGAAGUUAAGACCAGAGAACUUCUUAAGGACAUUGAGAUCCUCAGCCAAACAUUUGAACGAGUGGUGGAUUGUAAGGACAAUGUCAUCAAGUCUUUAGCUAAAGACCUGUCUGAAGCCGAGGAGCAGUACGCCCGUGCCCUGCGCAGCCACUUGCACAAUGUUGACCAACUCUUGGCCCUGCAGAGGCGCCGGCUCAGUCUCCUGGAGGAAAGUUACAACAUGGAGCUGGAAGCCCUAACCAAGGAAUUUGAGACAGAAAGGAAGACGAUUAUUGACCAACAUGAGAAAGAGAUUCGCUACCUACAAGAUAUCUUCAUGGCCAUGGAGCAGAACUAUUUGGAUUCUGAGUAUGAAAGCAAGCUGGAGUUCCAGAGCAUGUGGAAUGAUCUCAAAAACAUGAAUUUAGAAGAGAAGCACUUUUUAAGACUGCAACUGGAGAACACAGUAGAAGAUCUGUGGAGGAAGUUCCAGGAUGUACUCAAGAAUUACACUGAUUCCACAGAGGAUCGAAAGGUUGCCUUUGAGACCCUGCAGGUGAAGGAUGAGAAAAACUCCAAAGAGAUUGAAGUACAGAUGAAAAAAAUACAGAAGCUACAGGAUGCCAUAACUAUUUCAAAAGGCAAGAUCAUGAUACAUAGCCGAGAGAGUGAAGAUGAGAACCGGUACAUCCGUAAUGACAAGGAAUUGGUGCUCAUACAACUGCGAAAACUUAAGGCCCAAAGGACGCAGGCCCGAGCAGCAUCCCAGAAGAACUUAGUCAAACUCACCCUGGAAAGUAAUGCUACCCUCAAGGCCCUGAGAAAGAUUGUUGAUAAGGGUGAAAAGAUCCUUAAACUUGCUGAAAUAUGUAGGAAAUUUGAAACUGAGGAAGAAAAAGUGCUGCCUUUUUAUUCAUCAGUGUUGACUCCUAAGGAGCAGGAGGGGAUUGAGGAGAAUAAUUUAGAAGAGCUUACUGAGGAGCUCGCCAAGGUAAAGGCUGGGGGAUGGUGGGGCAUUGGGCAGCAUUUGCUAAUGGGUCUUGAUGCACACUUUCUCCCUAUAACUCUACUCCAGGUGAUCAUGGAUUACAUAGGGAUGGAGAAUUUCUGGAAAAGGUACAACAAAGUGAAACUGGAGCAACUGAGCCUCCAACACAGACGAGCCCAGCUGCUAGAUAUCAAUGGGAAGCUGCGGGGGAUGCUGAAGCAGUACUUGGAUGGCAUCUCAGUGAGUGACGAAGUGCUGAGCCAGCUCAACCCACUCUUCAUAGUCAACCAUCGAAGCAACUUACCCCAGCCCUCGUCUACACCUAUGGCCCAUCCAGGUGAUAAACAACAUCCAACCACUUAAAAUAUCACUGAAGCAGCCCACGUGAUCUUCCACACUGUGUGAUCUAAGGGGGAAAAAAAUCUUUUCAAUCCCUAUUUUUUUUUUGAGAGAGAGAUGUAGGGACAUUGCUAUUAAAAAUUUCCAUGGA